CGCUUAUUUAAGACGUCAUUUUUGGGCGCCGCUUAUUUGUAAACAUUCUCUCGUAGCGCUUUUAAGGCGAUUACAUAAACCAUGGACAAUCUCGUCAAAGUGCACGGCGCCGGUGCCAACUACGACUCAGAUUUCAGCGACGAUGAGAGACAAGGCGAAACCUCCGAAAGCAGACUUAAAAGGAAACAUGAAGAAGACAUUUUACAGAAGCCGUUCCAGAAAGAUCGAUACUCACAGGUGGCUCACCGCACUUUUCACUCCAACGAACUGGACAGAGAGGAAGCCAGGAAUAGAAGAGCCCACUUAAUAUCACUGACUGCUUUUGAGCGCCAUAAGAAGUUUGUCGGCGACUACAUACUUUACUAUGGAGGACAAAUGGCUGACUUCAAACGCUCGGCCGCAAAUGACAAAACAGACUCGGAUGUCCUACGUGAGAAUCAUCGCUUCCUCUGGAGGGACGAGGAUGAAGAGGACAUGACGUGGGAGAAAGAACUGGCAAAGAAGUAUUACGACAAGCUGUUUAAGGAAUACUGCAUUGCCGAUCUCAGUCGAUAUAAGGAAAACAAGUUUGGAUUCCGCUGGCGGACAGAGAGCGAGGUUGUCUCGGGCAAAGGUCAGUUUCUGUGUGGGAACAAACGCUGCGAGAAGCAGGACGGCCUGAAAAGCUGGGAGGUGAACUUUGCCUAUGUAGAACAGGGCGAGAAGAGGAAUGCGUUGGUCAAACUGCGACUUUGCCCGGAAUGUUCUUACAAACUCAACUACCACCACAAACGCAAAGAGGCCAAAGCCAAAAAGACGACGGCCCGAGAAGAGAACCGAGAGCCACCCCGGAAGAUGAAGAAAAAGACAAAGAAGAGAUCGGCGUCACGCUCCAAGAAGCACAAACGCCAGGGGCGCGGGGAUCGAUCCGCUUCCUCAAGCAGCUCGGAGGAGUGGCAGGGCAAAGACUCCGAAGCGGCGGACGAGCCCGAGUGUCAAUCCGAGUCGGACCACUGGCGAGGACCCACCCCAGCCGUGGAGGAAAAGUCAAGGGAGGAAGAGUUUGAUGACUACUUUGAAGACUUGUUCCUCUAAACGCCGACGCGGCCCGCCUCCGCUGAGAUUCAAGGCUUUCUGUGUUGUUGACUAGUGCCGAAAUAAACCCAUUUCAACGUCA